AGGUCGCCAGUGCGCUCAGCUGCUGGUGUCGUCGGCGGGGGGUUGUGGCUUGGCAAUGCCAGCAGCGCGUACGCUUCUGAAUUAUUGUAGUUAAUUUUUUAAAUACUCGUUUUCUCCAGUACUACUCGCAAGUUUUACAGUGCUUCGUUAUCAGCUUCGAGCCAAAGCAGUUAUGGCAGGCGACUCAACGGACGCGAGGGACAGUAUUUCGCCUCUGGUGGGACUGGUGUAUAUAUUCAACUUAAUAGUCGGCACAGGUGCACUCACGAUGCCCGCAGCUUUCAAAGAUGCUGGCUGGCUCCUUAGUCUCAUCAUCGUCGUAGUGCUCGCUUUUAUGAGCUACUUGACGACGACGUUUGUGAUCGAGGCCAUGGCUUCGGCCAAUGCGCUUGUCCACUGGAAGACACUGCAGCACUACAAGCGUGUGGUGGACGAGGAGGAGAGUACCAUCACGCAAGCCAAGCAGGACGACAUGGUGUAUUGCGCCUUGGGGUGCUCUAAGUGCUUGAAAUGCAAUGCAUGGCCUACAGUGCAACUCGUAGGUCGCUCGGCGGCCGUGAAGGCCAAACUACCAAAGCGAAACUAUCUGGCAAUUAAAAUUGAAAAAGUAACUAACGAACUCAGGACGGAUGACAUCAUCUCCAAGUGUGUGGACGAGGAUGAGCGAGUGCCCCUUCUCUUGAGCAGUGCGGCAGAGCGAAUGGCAGAAUCUUCACACGUCAACUACUUCGCCAUAACUGAACGUUUUGAGCUGGGCAAGAUGGCAUCCCUUUUCUUUAGCAAAGUGGGCGUAAAUCUCUUCUACAUCUGCAUCGCUGUGUACCUGUAUGGAGACCUUGCCAUAUAUGGUGCGGCUAUUUCGAAGUCUGUUCGUGACGUAGCAUGCCAACUACCAGCGACAGCAAUUGACAACUCUACUAUGGCCAGUGUCUCAAAUGGAACCCUUCCAAGUGACUUGCCGUGCUGGGAAAACUACUCCAUCACUCGUGGAAAUGCUUACAGGAUAUUUUUGUUGGUGUUCCUCGGUCUCGUUGGGCCGUUCACCUUCUUCAACGUGCAGAAGACAAAGUACUUGCAGAUCUUCACAACCCUGAUGCGCUGGAUUGCAUUCAUCUCGAUGAUCGUGCUGUGUGCACUGGCCCUGGGUCAGGGCAAGGGCCAGGGCCACCCAGCCAUGGCGGUGCCCACGGGCCUGCCCAACCUGUUUGGGGUGUGCGUCUACUCGUUUAUGUGCCACCACUCCCUGCCCUCACUGGUCACUCCGUGGCGAGAGAAGCGACACCUUUUCCCACUGCUGGCUGCCGACUACACCCUCAUCCUGGGCUUCUACACCCUGCUCAGCUUCACCGGCAUCUUCACUUUUCCUGAGCUCCAUGACAUGUACACCCUCGACUUCCAGCCAAACAGUGACACAGGGAACUCCAUCAUUCCACGCAUUCCAGUGCUCCAGUACUUCCUGUCUCUCUUCCCAGUGUUCACACUGAGCACAAACUUUCCCAUCAUUGCCAUCACACUGCGCAACAAUCUGCGCUCCCUCUUCCUCCGUGAGGAAUCCAGCCAGCCAGGGUCCAGAUCACGAAGCUCAACAUCGUCGGGCAUUUCCACCCAGAGCACUACACCACCACCACAGUCCUGCAACCAGGUGCUCGUAGAGCGGUUCUUCUUCCCACUGCUGGCCUUGCUUCCACCCAUCGCCGUUGCUUUAGCCACCGAGAGUGUAGAGUUUCUGGUUGGCUUCACCGGUUCCUACGCCGGUGCCUUCAUCCAGUACAUCAUACCGGUGGCGCUAGUGCACCGUGCCAGGAAGCAAGUGCUCGAGGCGCUCGGACUCGGCGUCAGAAACCAACAUGCCUCGCCAUUCCGCCACGGUGCUUGGCUCAUAUUUGUGCUGGUGUGGGCAGUGGCAUGUGUGACGCUGGUUACCGUGAACCACAUCAUCAUACGGGCGUAGCAUGCCUUCCUCUGCCACCACCUUCGGUGACCCGACGACAUCGACGUGCGCGCCUAUGGUGGAACAGUUUUGAAAGUACCUCAAUUUUACCGGUGUUCAGUGUUCCUUCAAACCAGUGCAGUGUUCGCCACAGAACGCUGUUCCUGAUACAAGUGCCAGUGAUAGUACAGUUUGCCUGUGCUUUCACCACCAGCUGUGUCGCUGACCGCGCAAAACUGGUUCAUAGAGGGGGUUGCUGUUAGGCUCGUGAUUGACAUACAUAACGUUAUUCAUUUGCAGCCUGGUGUUCGCAUGAUCAAUAUGCAACGAAAGCAUGACUAGCACUCUGGCCAUUUUCACAUAUCUUGACCUUGAAUGCAUUUUCAUAGACCUAAUGUCAUGGAGCACACAGCUGGUUAAAAAAUGUAGACAGCUGGCAACUUCUUGCCACAUUUCAUGGUUGGCAGUGGGACUUCAGCAAAACCAAGCUGGUAUGUGCACUGGUCAUACAGAUAUCGCGGCACACCAGGAGAUAUGAAGUACUGUCGGCGGUGAUGCAACGUGCACCUCAGACUGGCGAGUGUGAGAAUCUGCAGCAAAGAGUAUUUCCAGUUUGGAUAUUGGGGUAUUCUCAAGCUGAACUGUGCCCAUGUUUAGCAAACCUGUUCCGUGGUCGUAAUUAUCUAUGAAAAUGCUCAUUUUGUGUUGAUAUCCUCUUGGUGUUUUCAACACUUGGACAUACUACUUGACCACACAUUAGACACGUUGGGUGUGGCAAUCAUUUCUGGUCAACCAGACCUACCUGGGACUCGUGUUGCUAACCAUGACGCACUGAUUAAGUCUUCCACGCUCUGCAACAUGCAUCUGCCUGCCACAUGCAUUGUUAUGCAGCAUCAAUUGUUCAAUACACUGCUGCCCACAAAACUCUCUCAGGAUUGCAAUUCCGAGCCCUUAUGGAAUGCUUCUCGCUGCAGCAUGUCGUAACCCUUGCAAUAUAUUCUUGGCUGACCACUUUGAGUGAUGCAUUCACCUUCAGUGUUUUGUGGUGAUCACCGAGAUUUGUGCGUGAACAUUCGAUGAGGGCGUGGCUGUUUUGCUGCCUGUCCUUUUAGUGCUUUGUGUAACAUUGUGAUGUGGCUUUAACAGUGACAGGUGGUGUGUAUUGAAUGUGCUCGUCUAGCCAAUGUGUGUGAACUAAAAGAGGUGUUCACGUGACUGGCUAAGUGCAGUCUGGCGGUGCUUCAUUCAAGGUGUUAGUUUAUUGCUGGUAUCCGCUGUUGCCAAGCUUGGCCAUUGCAGUAUGUGUUCCUCUGCAAUGGUUGGAGUGCCAGCGAGGGCUCCAUGCACUGUUGAUACAGUUGCAUUUACUCCACACUUUAUUGUACCUGAAUGCAGCACAUAAAAUGUUGAUACUACUGCACACCAUUACAGCCCCCCUCCUUUCAAAGCGCAGUAGCAAUGUUUAUGCACCACAUAUGCCUGCCAGCAAAGGUUGCUCCCUGAAAACAUGCAUAAGAUCUAAGCAGGUUAGGUUUCCCAUGUAAAGGGACUGUGGCUCACCAUUCCGAAUGCCUAGUAGCAAAAAAAUUCAGUUCUGCCACUGCGUUUUAUAUUCCUUACGCUUUUUCCCCAAGUGUCUAAGAUCGGAGCACAUUGCACUGUAUCGGCAAUUGUUGCAAGUUGUAAAACUCUCAGCUGUGUAUUGGGGGGCAAUUUAACAUUGCGCUGCCAACCUUCCGAAAAGAUCUGCAAUUCCAAAGAGACAGAGGACAGCUGUUGGGAUUAAUUUCACCCCUUAUAUGGACCCAUGAUGCCUUUGUAUUUAAUUUUGGGGACCACUUAAUUGCCUCUCAAUGUACAGUUUGUGAAACGAGUCUGAUGGCCACCUCCUCUCGGCGUAUAGAUUUUAUUUAACAGCCUCUAUGGCUAGUCUAAUUUUUAGUGUGUACUUUUUUUUAGCAUUAUUUGUGGUGUUGCAGGCUUCGCCACAAGUAAACACAACGGUGCGAAUAUUGUGUCAAUCUCUUACACAAAAUAAUUUUUGUUGCACAUGCACUCUUGUUUUAUGUUUGCCAUGUAUGUGCAUAUUUUUUGCUGUAGGGAUGUUGGCAUGGCUGCUUAAUUACUAUGCUUUACUAAUGGGUUAUGUUAGUAUUGUUUUUCUAGUAUUAUUGUUGCUUUUACAUUGAGUUUGUGCUUGCCGUUAUGUUACCUAAUGUAUGUUAGGUUACGCUUUUUAAAAUUGAAUAAUGAAGGCAAAUACCAACUCUGUGCAUUGUUGAUGCAUAGGUUCUGCUGAUUCAUGAUGUUAAAGCUGACCAUUCUCUGUGAAAUGAUGCAGGAAACUCUAGAAUGGCUUUUAUUAGUAUUAUGAUUGGUUGUUUUGAAGCCCUUGAUUGUACAUGUAAAUUUGUGUGGUUUGCAAUACAAUUGGAUUCUCCGAUGUUGAUGCAAACUGGACAGGACGUGGUUGUACGUACACAUUUAAAGCCUGCAUGAUGGGACCACUCAUUUUAUAAUCUGUACUUUUUUUUUUGUUUCCAUGACCUGAACUGUAAGCAAUCUUUUCGUUCUUUUUAAUUGCCCACAGUGUGCAAUUCCGUCCAUAGCUGUUUUUUGGUGUCAAGGCGCAAGACUGUUAUUGUCUGCAAGAGGUAAUCGCCAACCUAACUGCAGUCAUCCAAACUGCGCAAACAUCCGACUACUGUGAUUCCCAGCACAACUCCAUCUUUUUCCUUCCUCCCCACCCCCCCACCCCUCAAGAUGACCUUGUUAGUUUUGUGUGUGACUGGUGUUGGUAGAAAAUUAGUUGUCACUGAAAUGCAUGGAAAAUGUCCCCAGUGUACAAAAUAACAAUAUUUGCUGAGAAGUCGUAGCCACCCUUUAAUGUGUGGCUGUCACUUGCUCCGAAUAUUUUUAUAGUGAUGGAUUUUUUGCGUCUUUCACUCAGACGUGAGACAUUCUUGGUUAGUGGAUUUUGUACUAGCCCAUCAGGUCUUCUGUGAUGUGCCCAAAGAGUGUUUACUUUGUUUUGUUCACUCUUGUAAGUUGCAUAUGUUCGGCCAAUGAACUUAACUGUGGUGAAGCUGUCUAGUCGUGAAAAACACAUUGGCGUUAAAAUAGCCUUCCCCCAUUUUAUUCCCAAUGCACCAAUGUGUCAUUAUUAAGCCUGCUUUUCCUAGAUGUUUUUUUUUUUCUUAUUGAAGGGCACAAGCCUCUGCAUAAUUUCGCAGGCCACAACCCCCCCCCCCCACUCUUCACGAAUGAAGCUUAUUUGAACAGAGCGUAUGUUACCUUACGUUUGUUCACUGCUGUAUUAUUUGCAGGGCUGCUUUCCAUCUUGCCUAUGAACGAGUAAUAAAUUGUAUUUUUGAGUAA